AUGGAAGAAUUCAUUUUCGAUUCUGAUAAUUUAAUAACAUUUUCUGCUAGCUUUGGCGACACGCCCGUGGAGGACCUUUCCGAUUCUCGCCUUGAAGUUGCUCUUCAGGAGCUAAAUGAUAGAUGGACAAUUCUUCAAAAGACUUAUAGGACACUUUGUAUUUCGAAGGACUCAAAUUCUGAUGAGGGGCUGCUACAGUCAGCUAGAAAGAAGUUUGUUAAAUGUACAAGUGACUUUCAGUCUUGUAAAGCCAGGAUUUUGGACUUGCAAAAGACCCUCAUAAACCCCUAUAAUUCAUCCUCUUCUCCUGUUUUAGAAAGUCCAAUUAUGGACAACUCUGUUCCCUGCAUAAAGGUCCCUCCUUGCGACACAGAGAUCUUCUAUGGGGGCUAUGAGGAAUGGCCCUCAUUCAGGGACAUGUUCUCCGCAGUGUAUGGAGAACAUCCCAGAUUAUCGGCCGUACAAAAGUUGUAUCACCUUCGUUUGAAGGUAAGAGGCCAGGCGGCACUUAUUGUGAAGAAAUAUAAGCUCUGUGGAGAGAAUUUUGCUCUGGCGUGGGAUGCUUUAAAGACUCGUUACGAAAACAGGAGAAUUUUGGUCGACAACCAACUAAAAAUCCUCCUCAAUUUAAAGCAAAUCCCCUCCGAAAGCAGCGAGGCCCUUCAGGAAAUCCAGGCUACAAUAAAUGAUUGUUUGGCCGCUUUAAAUGCUCAGAAAAUUUCCACAGCCGAUUGGGACCCUAUCCUCGUGUUUUUGUGCUCUACAAAACUCCCACAUGAAACCCUUUCACUAUGGGAACAGUCAUUGAAAUCACAUAGGGAUCUCCCCAAUUGGGACCAAAUGGAUACCUUUCUUUCCAAUCGGUAUGAGGUGGUCGAAAGACUCAAUAGCAUCCAGGGCGCCAAGAAAGGGAACAGUAGAAAACAGGAUUCUGAUAUUCAUGCUUUCAAUACAGAAAGUAAAGCCCAAUUUCCCUGUAAGAUUUGCAACUCCAACCAUUCUCUUCGAAGCUGCCAAGAAUUCCUAAAAAUGAGUCCCCAAGCUCGCAGCGAAUUUGUACGGCAGAAUAAUACGUGUUUAAACUGCUUGUCAUAUACACAUAUUCGGAGCGAUUGCAAAAGCAAAUUUCUGUGCACAACGUGCAAGAAAAACCACCAUACGCUCUUGCACUUUCCCAAUUCCAACACCAAAUCUUCUCCAAACAAGUCUAACGUAAAUACCACAAACCCUGUUGACGUAAACUCUCCUAUUGAAUUACCAUCCACUUCCACUCCUAGCCAAGACUUUUACCAAGUGACCCAAACGUCGUCUCAUUAUGUUUCCGAGAACAACCAGCUCUGCGAGAAAACCCUUUUGCCAACCGCUUUAGUCUCCAUAAUCCAUAAUGGAGACACAUUUAGUGCUCGUGCUUUUCUUGACCAAGGGUCAGAAAAAACCUUUAUCUCUAAACGUUUGCAGCAGCGUUUGUUGCUUCCAACCGAACCAAUGAAUUUUCAAAUACGGGGAAUGGGCGGCGGUGUAGUGGCAAACUCAAAGUCCUUUUGUAAGCUCACCCUAUAUUCGAGGAAACAUGACCACUCGCUGGCCAUCCAAGCAAUUGUCGUCCCCAAGAUAACCCGACUACUGCCAAACUUUUUUGUCCCUCAAUCAGAUUAUUCUUAUGACGAUUUAUCUGAUUUAGAUCUGGCUGAUCCUGAAUUCUUUUCUCCUGGACCCGUAGAUUUGUUGAUCGGCAGCAAUGUCAUGCCAAAAUUACUUCUUGAUGGGGUCAAGAAGUUGCCAAAUUCUCUUUUGGCCCAAGCGACUAUAUUUGGGUGGAUAAUUAGCGGUCCAUUAGAAACCCUCAAUUGCUCAUCAUUCGCUAUUGAAACCACCGAAACUUCUGAGGAUCCGAUAAGCCAACAACUGCGAUUGUUUUGGGAGCAGGAAGAGAUUCUUUCAAGCCCUCCUAUAUCCCCAGAUGAUGAGUAUUGCGAAAGUUUUUUCUGUCAAACCACCACUCGAAACGCAGAAGGUCGAUACAUAGUAAAACUUCCUUUUAAGUCCGAAAAUCACAAGGAACUAGGUCUAGGCAUUUCACGACAUAUUUCCCUUAUCCAGUACUUGCGUAUGGAACAGUCUCUAGGCAGGAAACCAGAAAUGGCGAACACAUAUUACAAUAUAUUAAAGGAAUAUAUUUCCCUUGGCCAUAUGGAGGAGGUUACGCCUCAUGAAAUUUCCAAAGACUCAUCUCAAAGUACAUACUACCUCCUCAGGAAAGUCCCUUAA